UGAUAUGUAUAUGUGUGUAUUAUUAGGCAAAAGAAAAGGACGAAGUAAAAAUAUUAAAAACAUUGCUCUAUCUGCUCCAUGGAGAUAAGAAUCUGUUGAUUUGAGUUACUACAAGUGACCCAAAGCAAUAAGAUGAAGCUGCCGGUCAUGUGUCGCACCUGCGAUGCAAGGGAGACAGAUAAGCUCUAUAAACUAACUACUCCCACUAAAAAGUUUCCAGACAAACUUCUGUCUGACAUUUUAACCGAACUAACUAACAUUGAGUUGGACACUAGAUUGGCGCAGCAGUUGCCACAGAAUCUGUGCGGAAGUUGCUCACGAAAGUUAAUUGCCGCCUACUACUAUGUGAAGCAGGCGCAGGCCGCCAACGAACUGUUGAUAAAACAAAUUCAUCGUAAGGGCGACAAUGAGAAGGCGGUAUUCGUUACAGAUUGUCUGCAGGAGCUGCCCAUGGAGCUGUGUAUCGAGGAGCAGGUGGAGGUCAAAUUGGAAACUGAGGAAGAGGAAACUGACAAUGAUAUAACGUGCACAGAGCUACCAGAGCUGAGUACAGUACAGGAAACAAAUGAAACAGACACUAGACUGGAUAGUUGCAUUAAAAAGUCGGAUGAUCCAUUAACCAUGUUGGAUGCCGUCAAACAGGAAAUGGAGUGCGCUGCACAAGCAGCUCACGCGCAAUCGGAGUCUGAAAAUGAAGAUGAUGAGUCGCUGGAUGAUUUGCCGCUGCAGCAGCGCGUACACAAGUGGCUGGAGAGGGAUACACAGGCUACGUUAAGAUGGAAGCAGUACAAGUGCAAUGAGUGCCCCAAGAGUUUCAAGCGUGUCGAAUAUCUAAAGCUGCAUGCAGCACGUGCACACAGCUCCAAGGGCGAUUGGUACUCCUGUUCGUUCUGCAUACGCAAGUUCAGUCGUCGCGACACAUUAAAGGCACACUUGAAAGUGCAUCGUGAUUCCAAACGUUCGGCCAAUCUAUGCGAAAGCAAAAAGGCCAAGGAUAUUGAUGUUAAUCUUUGCAAGCCGCAGGGCUAUAAGCUUAUCGAGUGCAUGAUCUGCCAGAGUCAAUAUAAUAAAAUAGCCGAGCUGCGUUGUCAUCUUGAACAGCAUCCGGAUUUGGAGCGCAGCAUGCGGACAGAUAUGCAGCUCAGUGAGGUCGCAGAGCUUCUCUAUCCCGAUGUUAAGGAUGUAACAGAGCAAGUGCUAACCAUGUACAUACACCGCGACUUGGCAGCGUGCAACUAUCAGCGCUUCUAUUCCAUAACGAAUCAGUCCGGGUAUGAAAUGGAUUUGGACAGCAGCGAAACGGAAAGUGAAACCGAGCUGGAUCUGGAUGAUUAUGCCAAGCAUAGGCGUUGUGGCGCCGCAGUCAAAACCAAAUACAGCUGUGAGUUGUGCCCACAACGAUAUGUGCGCAAAUAUCAAUUGUAUGAGCAUCAGCGGCAAGCGCACGCUUGGCUGGAAGCGCCUCAUGUCUGUGGACGCUGUGAUGCACGAUUUGUAAGCCUGCAAUUGCUGAAGCAUCACAAUGAGACGCAAUGCAAGAACGCACAGAAACGUUUCCUAUGCCACAAGUGUCCGCUGCGUUUUCGCUGGCGUCACAAUCUAAAAGCGCAUACGAGGGAGCAUCGCAUAACCAAUGAAACAUUUGAAUGCACCGACUGCAAACGUGUCUAUGACAAGAAGAAAUCCCUCACCGUGCAUUUGCUUAGCGUUCAUGGCGAUGAAUCCAAAUUGAUACCCUGCCAAUGGUGUAGUCGCAAAUUUUAUCGUCGUGACUAUCUGGUGAAGCAUUUAAAACGACAUGGCAUACGCGAGCAGGAUAUACCGCUCGCCGAGACGCUUAUUGCAGCCACUUCGAAAGCAAAUGGCUGCAAACGCAUCACUUGCAAAAUUUGUAAUUUACAAUUUGAUCGCAUUAGCGACCUGCGUGCCCACAUUCAGCUGGAACUGAAAAUGGCACUCUCGCUGCAUCAAAGCUACGAUUCACCACACAAUUACUCCAUUACCAAUGAGUCUGGUUAUGAGUUGCAGUUGGGCGACUCAGAAACCGAGGACGAAUUGCAACUUCCAAACACAGGUGCUUCCGGUCAAGCCAACUCGCGACUCGUCUAUGUUUGUGAGCUCUGCAAAGUGCAGUGUCGACGCAAAUACGAGAUGAUUCAGCAUCAGCGUGCCAUGCAUAGAUUCGACAAGAUGCCAUACGAGUGCGAUGUGUGCAUCUUUAAGUGCGUCUCCAAGAGUAUUAUGGAACAGCAUAGACAAGCGCAGUGUCACAGCGCCGAGAAGCAACAUGCAUGCAACAAAUGCAGUUACAAAUUUAUGUGGCCCGAGAAUCUGCAACAGCAUCUACAGCUGCAGCAUGGUGGCGUUGAAGCAUCACCGAUUUUAGCUAGUGAAACAGAUGACGGCAGGCGAUUAUCUGGCAAUGCGGCGCCACUAGCAACGCCAACUGAUAGUGUACCUUUGCUGCAAUGCCCGCACUGCGAUCGCACCUACCAAAUGAAGUCGCGUCUGAACAAUCAUAUAAGGGAUGUGCAUAUUAAUGGCGAUCGCAAACGCAAGGAAGCCAUAAAAAAAUUCCUAUGCUCGCUUUGCGGUCGUGAAACGCAAUCGGCGGCAACAUUAGUUACGCAUAUGCGACGUCACACAGGAGAAAAGCCCUUUAAAUGUGAUCUAUGUGAAAUGGCAUUUCCACGCCACUCAGAAAUGACAUCGCAUCGUCGUAUGCACACGGGAGAGAAGCCCUUCCACUGCACAGUUUGCGGCAAGGACUUUGCGCGUUCCGACAAGCUCAAGCGACACAUGCUAACGCAUAGCGGACUCAAGCCACACAAGUGUACAUACUGUGACAAAUCCUACAGACAGGCCAAGGAUUUGAAAUUGCAUUUGCAACAGCACACCGGUGAAUGCCCAUUUACCUGUGGCACCUGCGGCGAGCGCUUUAUUCAGGGCACUGCGCUGGAGAAGCAUCGCAUGAUGCGGCGUCACUUUGAUGAGGUUGACGAGCGAAACGCCACAAUAGUAACUGCUUAAGCAUAUUAAUAGCAUAAAACUAGACUU